UGAGGAGAGGUAAUGAGACGGAGAGAGAGAGAGAGAGACAGAGAGAGAGAGAGGUGUGUGAUAAAGGGUAUGGGUGGUGUGACAACAGUGAGCGAGCUCUUGUGUGUGUGUGAGAUGGGGGUUACUGUGUGUGUGUGUGUGUGUGUCAGCGAGCUCUGCUGCAGUAGAGGGAAGUGAGGGGCGCUGCAGUUUGCUCUGAUGGAAGAGUCAUUGGGGGAUGUUACCUCACCACUGAGGCAUUAAGUCCACCACUCGUUUUGGAUGGGUGGCUCACACUGGAAGGAUAGAACCAUUGCCUGUACUGUAUAGUGCAAUAUAGGUGACACGUACUGUACUAUAUGUGGCUUACUCUGAGAACAUGGAUGUUCAGAGGUGGAGCUGUUGCUCUCAGUUAAGGUGCUGAUUUUUAUUGACUGCAUCUGGGGUCAGACCAGGACAAGCAAUCAUACAGCCUUCACUCCAAAAGACAGAAGAGCUCUUGGUAUUGUCAGUUUGGGAUCAUUAGAGAUAAUGUUCCGUUGCUGUGGUUCCAUUUGAAGUUUUCCUAUUUCCUACAAACCAUUUCAUUAAGGAACACUGAGUGCCUAGCUGGAGAUCAUGAAGUGGAACCUCUUCAAGAAGAAACCAGAAGCCAUGGUGGGUCCUGAGCCCACGGGUUUGGGGGGAACGCACCCACCCAGCACCAUGACAAUGGCCCCUGCUCUCUCCACUGCAGCAGACAACUCCACAGAGUCUGGGGGCUCUUCCAUGGAUGACAUCUUUGAGAAGAUCAGGAACAAAUUCCUUAAUGAGAUCGAGACAAUCCCAUUGCCUCCCUGGGCACUGAUCGCGAUCGCCGUAGUAGCGGCUCUUCUCAUCGUCACCUGCUGCUUUUGCAUCAUUAAGAAAUGCUGCUGCAAGAAAAAGAAGAACAAGAAAGGAAAGAAGGGCAAGGAUGGCUUCAACAUGAAGAAUAUGCAGGGUGGAGAUAAACAACAGGACGACGACGAUGAGGAUGGAGAAACAGGUUUAACCGAGGAAGAGAAAGAAGAAGAGGAAAAGGAGCAGGAGAAACUGGGCAAGCUGCAGUAUUCUUUGGAUUACGACUUCCAGGACAACAAGCUGACAGUGGGGAUCUUGCAGUGUGCUGACCUGAUUUCCAUGGACUCUGGAGGAACUUCAGACCCUUACGUUAAAGUCUUUCUCCUCCCUGACAAAAAGAAAAAGUUUGACACCAAGGUGCACAAAAAGACACUGAAUCCUGUAUUCAACGAGACUUUUGUUUUCAAGGUCCCGUACCAGGAGCUGGGAGGAAAGACUCUGGUUAUGUCUGUUUAUGACUACGAUCGCUUCUCCAAGCAUGACAUCAUUGGUGAAGUCAAACUGCCCAUGAACACAGUGGACUUGGGACAGCCCAUUGAGGAAUGGAGGGACCUGGAAAGUGCUGAGAAGGAAGAGCCAGAGAAGCUUGGUGAUAUCUGCAUUUCACUGCGGUACGUCCCCACUGCCGGUAAACUGACUGUCUGCAUUCUGGAGGCCAAAAACCUGAAGAAAAUGGACGUGGGUGGACUAUCUGAUCCAUAUGUGAAGAUCCAACUGCUACAGAAUGGCAAGCGUCUAAAGAAGAAGAAGACCACAGUGAAGAAGAAUACACUGAACCCUUACUACAAUGAGUCAUUCAGCUUUGAGAUCCCACUGGAGCAGAUGCAGAAAAUCCUUGUGGUGGUCACCGUCUUUGACUACGACAAGAUUGGUAAGAAUGAUGCCAUCGGAAAGAUCUUUAUUGGCAGCAAGGCCACGGGCACAGAGCUGAAGCACUGGUCCGACAUGCUGGCCAACCCACGCCGCCCUAUCGCUCAGUGGCACACCCUGAAAGAGGAAGAGGACAUAGACGCCACGCUGGCUGCUCUCCAUGCCAAGAAGUAAUUUCACCUCUCUACAAAUUCAACUAAUCAACUAACCUCCCUCCUCAACCUAUCCAACCCAGCCACCAUUGCAUGAAAGCCGACCAACCACUGCCCAUGCCUACUCCAAAUAAUGUUCAGAAUAAUGUACUGGAAAAAGUCAACAUUGCUGAAUGUGAAAACUCCAUGUCUCCCCAAAAACCAGUUCAUCCUGUAGUGUACACUGAGAGGAAGCGUGGUUGAAGAAGACAUGUUUUGUCUUUCCUAAGCAGUUUUCAAAUUGUCAUCCCAUACUCCUGCAACAGAGGAAUAUUUGCACAUGGAUUCAUAUAGCUUUCAUAACACAGACAUGCCAUCUUCAUUUACUGUGGUCAGUUACCAUCAACAUACCAAAAUGAUUCAAUGAAAUAAUAUCAUUGCGUGUAUAUAAGAGCAAGAAAGUGCUAAAAAUCAGACUACCUGAUAAAAUAUAUUUAAAUAGUAUAGGAAUAAUAUAUAUGAACGAUUAAAUUAUAUUAUAUAUUUUUCACACCCUAUGUAUCAGCAUUUAUAAGUUUCAAUAAAUGAUGGCUAUCCAACAUUGUCACAUUUAUUGACACAACUUGAAAGUUGAAAGGCUUUCAACUGGUUCUCUGCACUGAGAUUUGAAGCAAAAUAUGCCUAAUUCACAAUUUACUCAAUUUAGCCAUACACUGGUACAAGUCACACAUUGCUCAUGAAUAGUAAGGUAAGUCUACUCUAAAUAUUUUACAAUGAAGUUGUUUACAAAAUGUGUGUAAAUCUUUAAGGCUGCUAGACAUGAGUUUAGCUUUUAGAAAUCUAAAAGUUAAAUGUGCUUUUGAGAUGAAAGAAGAAUCAGGGCCACAGAUUUUUCUGGAGCAAUUUACAGCUCUCUGUUAACACAGUGCCCUACCUGUUGAAAAACGGUCUAAAACAAAAACAAAAUUAGUAAUAUUAUAAUACAUUAUACCUAAACCGUUACAUCUGAUCUCAGUGCUACAGAUGUUUAUUUGCCAGAGGUUUCUGUAAGGUUUUAAAAAGAGAUUAUCCUGGUGAUAUUGCCUUAUUAAAUAAGGAUUAAAUUCAUUAAUCUUACCAUAUCAUGUACACUACACUUAAACUGACCAAGAAUGCUUUGUGAGAACAAAUCAAUUGCCAUCGUUGAGUAUGGCUAUUAAUUCACAGAAGCUUCGAAUCCAUUUUCCAUUCUCUUGAUUCGUGUAUAUGUAUAAUAUACAUUUUAAGCCUCUGGUUAGUUCACUGCCUUUGUUUGUUUGAAGGAACUUUGCCUACAACCACAAACAAACCCAUUAAACGCCAUUCAAUCAGAAGACAUUUGACAUUUGAAAUGCCAAAGUAAUAAUGCAGGUUUAAUGGGAAGGGAUGCAGUUCACUGGAGAUGUGACAAACAUUGGCUCAUCUCUGUUCUUUUAUGUUAGAAGGGACAAAACGAGGCAAUAGGCCACGCUUAGUUCAGUCCAUUAAUGGGCACUUCUUUCCCUCUGCUCUCCUCUAAUUGUGCUGUACAUAUGCAUUGAUAAACUUUGUUAAUACAGCAUGUGUCUAUACCUUGAUGUACAUAGAAGCAUGUUUUGAAGAUAGAGCAUAUAUUGUGUAUGUGUGGCAUUUGUCAUUUUGAUAAUAAAACGUAGAGGAAAAAUACAAUGACUGCACAUUUUAUUAAAUUCCCCAGAGCGGGUAUAGGAAUUAAUGUAAAUCUUUAGCUGAAGAUUUAAAGCCUUUCAGGUUCCUUUAUUUUCCUUUUGAUCGGAGGAGUUCUACUCUGAGCUGUGUGCAAAUUUUAUUUUAUUCAAAUGUGCCAUAUUAUUGUGGUUGUGUUUGAGAUUUAUUGGUUUAUUUAUGAGCUUAUCAUGCUUUCUUUAUGCUCAUUUUAUGUCCAGUCGAUAUUUCUUUGUUAACUUUUCUGUAUUUGUUCUGUUUUGCUGAUAUGUUAUGUUAUGUUUGUGAAUACAAUAUUCUGAUUUUUUUUCUGUUUAAAGAAAUCUGUGUGUAUUUACGGUAAGAAAAGCUAAGUCAGAAGCCAUAUGUGUGGUCCCUUUUCCACAAAACCUUAUAAUCGUAGGACAAGAACGUGUACCUCAGUGACAAAAAAACAACAGAUCACACACUCUUUGUACAUCCCUUUGAAUCAAAAGAUGUGAAAGGAAAUCUGAGUUUUAAAAAAAGUAGCUGUCUGUUGAAAGGCAGUGUAAUGUUUUAUUUCUUUUAAUGAACAGAUCACAAAGAGGCAGGACUCAAAUCAUGCUAAAGCCAGUUCAUGCACACAUGUCGUUAGUCAUAGAGUAAUCGUAUGUUAGUGGUAGCUCUCUCUACAUCAGUGUAAUCCAAAACAAAUUGAUUUGGUGUUUCACAUUAAUCAGCACACAAAUGCUUGCAAAAGAUAUGAUUAGUAGAACGAGUACAGUUCUAGUGAUCUACAUGUAACAGUGGCAUGAUUUUAUUAUGCAAUGUGUGUCUAUGUUAGUGUAUGCCUGCGUGUGAGUGUGUGUGUUAAAAGUAUUUACAUUAAUCGAGGUUUGAAGUUUUGCCAGAUGGCUAAAAGACAUUUAUGAGUGUCUUAUAAUUGAUGAGAAGAAAACCUAUCAUUAUAGAUUAUUGAAACAAAAAUGUUGUUGUAAAAUCCUGUUAUUUAAUGUGACGUGUGAUCCUUUGUUUUUUCCUAACAUCCAAUGAUUUCUUUGAACGAGCCUACACAUUACUUCAUGUAGGAGUUACACCAUUAUGUGUGGGCCUUUUUACAGCUUAAAAAGAGGACAGUUUCAUGUCUGUCACUGGGGGGGAAAUGCUGUGACUAGCCUACUGUGAAUAAGCAUUUUCUUUUAUUUCCAACUCGUGUGUAUGGAGUGAGUUCAAAGCCCCUAACAGGCCUUGUCUUUGGUAUCAUGCUUACAUCAUGAAAAGUCUAGCAAUGGAUCUAUUUUUUUUUUUCCUUCCAUUUUGAAUGUCUUGCUUUCUAAAGUUCCAUCAAAGGUGUGUUUUGUCUUUGGAACAUUUGCUUUAAAGUGAUGUGUGCUUUUUAAGUCAUGUCCAGCUGCCAUGGACUUCUGUGCUGCUGCUUAGGACGUUGCAAUAGGACCAAUGAAGAAAAAAAAUGUCUUCAUGUUUUUUGUGUGACCAUGAUUGAAAAGCUACAGGGGAUCAUUACACCCCUGCCAAGCAGACAACAAAAUCCCAGUCUUCCCUGGGACACUGGAUGCCAGAUGACUGGCCCCUUGCCCAUACUGAGACAUUUAAUUUCACCACCUGUCCGGCCCAUAUUAAUGGCAAACACUUUGCCUAUGCCAUAUUGUCGACACAUACUUACUAAUAUGAUCUAACACACUCGUUCUCUGUAUUCAUUUCAUGGUGAAACCAUGUAAAGACUUUUCCAAAGACCUGCUCGUCCUCGUCCAUUGUGUCUCGUGUAGAGGUACCUGUGUCAGUGAUUCCUUUUGUGGAUGCUUUGGCAUGCUUUUAUCUCUUACAGAGGAUCCCAUUUACCAUCAGAAGAUAAGCCUUUGCUAUUCCUGUAGGUUAUUGUCAUUCUGUAAACCAAUAAUGUCAGUACUUGAAGAGAUACCAGCCACUAAAAAAAGGUCUACAUGCAGAUUCAUCCAUUGGUUAUCAACUAGCUAAUCAUAUGAAAUAAAGCCUUUUAAAUAUC